ACACCAGAGAGGAACUCGGAGGAGCACACAGCUUGAUCGCAGACACCCAAAGGAUCCAUACCCAGAAAGAGGCACCAUCAAUUUGAGGACAAAUUUAGUGUGCAAGGGUCAACUUCUUUCAGUGGCAGCUGCUCCGAGACUUGAGUGUCUGCAGCAAGUGGAAUUUUAAAAUGAGGAGCAGGCGUGCUCAGCAGAAUCUGCCCCCUAAUGAGGCCCCUCUGGUGCUCCUGCUUGUCUUGUUGCUGGGGUUACGAGCCGCCGCUGUGUGCCCCGCUGCCUGCUCCUGCAGCCACAGGAAGGCAGACUGCUCCCGGCGGGGCCUCCGAGAGCUGCCCGACGGCCUCCGGGCCGACCUGCGAGGCCUCAACUUGUCCCACAAUCGACUCCACAACCUGGACGGCGGGCUGGCCUCCUACACGCACCUCCGCGUACUCGAUUUGUCUGGCAACGGCCUGAGCCGCCUGCCGGAGCGCUUGCCUCGGUCGCUCUGGCAGCUGCACGCCGCCUCCAACCGUAUCCGCCUCCUGGACAAGAACGACACGGUGAACCAGUGGAACCUGAGGGUGCUUGACCUCUCCGACAAUGAGCUGGAGAGGACCGUUUUCAUCAACAACACUCUGAUCAAUCUGUGUGUGCUCAACUUGAGCCACAAUCACCUCUGGACUCUGCCCACCAACAUGCCUGCACACCUGGAGAUCGUUGACAUCUCCCAUAAUUGGCUUGUGAAGACGUUGCCAGGUUCACUGGACCGACUUCCCAAAUUGACCUUCUUCUAUCUUCACACAAACCGCCUAUCCAAUCUCCCUUUCGGAGUGUUGGACAAGAUGACUUCCCUAACAGUGCUCACUCUGGGCAACAACCCUUGGGCCUGUCACCUUAAAGCGGACAUGAACUACCUCCUCUCCUGGGUGCAGCGUACCCCCGCCCUGAUCCUGGGCUGCCCGUGCCGCACUAACCCCAUCUGUGGAGGAGUGCACUCAGGUCAGACUGGAGGGUUGACCCUAAACGACAACUUCCACGCACACGACACCGGCUCAAAUGUCACCACAAUGAAAAUCCCCCCUGCUACUUCCAGUCCAGCUUCACCCCGUGUGUCCCCCCACAGCACAUCAGCCUCAUCCAGUAAAAUAUUCACCACAAACAGACCCAUCAGGACGACAGACCACUUCCCGACAACUGACAGCAUGUUCAUCCAAACCAAGAAGAUGGGCACAAAAAAUGUUAGGAGACAGAAUGACUCCUCUUCAACACUUACUGACUCUUCUUUAAUCCUUCUCCUGCCCACAAUGGUCUUUCUGUGUCUCACUCUGCCGUGAGACUUCUUCCACACCAACUACAGAAUUUGACAAAAGUUACAAAAUGUCUCACACCUUGGCUUUUGAAAUAACUACAGGUUAAAUAACUACUCAAUCGGUCAUCAUGUUACAGGGGGGCAACAGUUCAGCAACAUCCUUUUAUAAUUUUAAUAGCUGCUCGAUGAAUUAAGGGGUGGAUUUAAUCUAAUGCAAUUGUCUGCUUGCAUUUCUUUUCAUGAAUAUGAAAAAAAGCUUCUUGCGAUAUACUUUUUCUUGCAUUUGCAAAAUUCCAGCGCAUCUCCUUUAAAGGGGAACAUUAUCACAAUUUCAGAAGGGUUAAAACCAUUAAAAAUCAGUUCCCAGUGGCUUAUUUUAUUUUUCGAAGUUUUUUUCAAAAUUUUACCCAUCACGCAAUAUCCCUAAAAAAAAGCUUCAAAGUGCCUGAUUUUAACCAUCGUUAUAUACACCCGUCCAUUUUCC